AACGCCUACUGAAGUUUUAUAUUUCUGCUGAUUACUGAUAUUAGAAUUUUUGCCGGAUUAAAGAAAUUUUGAAAUAUUGUUUCACCAGCUUGCAUUUCAGAGGUGUGUCUAAUACUUGUACAACCUGCUAAUAACAUAGGAACUGAGCUUGAGUGGCAAAGGCCCAGGCGUGAGAUGACUAAUGCCAUGCGUGUCCCAUGUAUGCAUGUGUACGUCCAUAGCCACAGCAGACCUUACCCCCAGGUAUUUAGCUCAGAGGCAAAGAAUGGCUUUAUUGCAGGAGUAGGUUUAGAAGUUUUAGGAGGAGAAAAGAAGCUUUGACUCCAGUGGGAAUUUUUCAUAGGUGACAAUUGCAUAAGCUAGCUUUUGAGAUGAUUUUGCUCCUUUUGCUGUCUUCAGCUGUUUUCGGGAAAAAAAAAAAAAAACAAAAAACAAAAAACAACAACAACAAAAAAAACCCCAGCAACAACAACAACAAAAAAUCCAAACCAACCAAAACAACAAACCAUCAGCUAAUGACAGAAAAAUGUUGAUUUGGCAUUUUGUAUACAAAUAGCUGGAGUAGAAUCAUGGCUAAAGGUUGUUUUUUCUUAAACCAAAGCUUCUGGCAUUUUGAAGAAACUAAAGCAGAGUUUGAACUAGGAAGAGCAAUGAUCAGUUUAGAAAAAGCAGCCUCUCACCUUCCUCAGUGACACUCUUAAAUCAGCAAGAGCCGGAUGGGGCCCAAAGAGCAGGGGAAAGUUCUGCCUUUAUUCCUGAGAGGAGGGGAGUGGGAAGGGACUUGUAAUUAACUUUCUAGGAAACAAAAAUGUCCAACUUCAACACCUGUAAAUUUGUAACCCUUCUCCUCCUUCCUUCUCAUUGUUCCAAUUGGCCAGGGUGUUUUUAAAAACUUUGAGUGACAACUUUUACCCUUGGAAUGUGGAAAGAGUCUCAACCUUGUAGUUAAUGUUUAAUUUCCGAGCUGAGUAAAUGGACCCACGCUGCUGGUGACAGAAGGGAGGAUGCCAGUAGAAUGGGUGUGAGGAUUUAUUUAGCAAUCGGGUCCUGCUUUGUGGGCGUCUCUUAUAAGGCUUUCGUAUGAAAUUUAGAUUGUAAUUCCCUGCUCGGCUUUGAUGCUCUCUGUCCUGGUUAAAAUCACAUCGACCCUUCAGUCGCAUAAGAAGACCACAGCCUGGGUGCCCAUUUCCAAAUUCUCUGAUUUUUGUGGAUGCAGAAUUUAAGAAGAUUUUGCUGCCUUUAAGGCGAAGAGAGGAGGGGAGCGCACCUCCGGCAGCGCUGCCGGCCGAUCCCUGCCCGUCGCGGCGAGCGGGCACCGCAGGGCCGAAGAGGAGAUGCCGGGGGGAGCCGGGCGCUCCCCACCUUUCACUCAUAGCCGCAGAGAGAGCGAGGGAGAGAAAAUUGCCACAAACCAGGGCUUGCUCAUCGCUCCAGAGGCUCUCCAGGCUUCCCGGAGGGAGCGAGGGUCUGCCGGCGGCGCCUUUGCGGGGGUCGAUGCGGAGCCACCAGCCCCACUAUACGCCUGAUGCGUGUGCUAGGAAAAAAAACCCCAUGGAGCCCGGAAAACGCCCGAAUCUUUUCCCCAGGCACGACCGCGUCCCCGCGCUGCGCGGAGCGGCAGGAGAAGGCUCUGCUGGCGGAGGGAUGGCUGCGCCCCACAUGUCUCCCCUGCCACAUCCCUGGGUUCAGCAGAGGAAACGGGGCCGGCCUUUUAACUCUCCUAACAGCACUUGGGGGAAAAUGAACCCCGCUGGCGCUGCGCGGGAGCGAGCCAGCUCCAGGCUGGGCAGCCCAGCCGCUGCGGGCUGAGCGGGACCGGAUGGGAUGAGGGGCGGGUGGGGGCAAGAUUUGCAGGCAGAUUUUAAUAUUAAUAGUUUUGGUGGCGAGAAAGAGACAGACAGAAGGGAGGUUGCUCCUCUGGGCAGAGUCUCUGCGACACCGAUGAUGGAUGACCCCACGGCUAAACAACUCCUCCCCUUCAUCCCCACACGGUGUCAAAGCUACUUUACUUGCAGCUUUAGGAAUAAAAAAAUAAAUAAACACCUUCACCCUAUUACUUACAUCGAUUUAUGGAUCAUUGUGAAUCAAUUACUGCUCUCAAUAUUUUAGAAUUCGCUUACAAAAACAGGAGGGUCUGCGGCUGAACUAAAAAAAAAUCUUUGCCUUAGUAAAAAAUACAGAAUCUUCUUGUAUAGGCCUGUGACCUAUAUUCGCUGCAAAAAAAUCGUGUUUAACCAUUUUCCAGGAGUCGCAUUACUGGGAUGGGGUGAAUAUCUUUGGUGUGCAUCUCCAAGAGCGCCCUUAAAACCAGGGGGUUCCGCAAUGCGCGUACAAUACGUAUGGUGCGUGCAACCUCAUUGCUUAACUAUUCCAGGGAAGAAAGAAAGGAAAAAAAAAAGAUUUAGCAAUCCCAGAAGCAAACUCCAUAAACACCCCUCCCCCCAAAUGCUGGAUAUGGAGCCGUGAGCGGGCGCGGGGCCGGGGCCGGGCUGCGCGCCCAUGGGGCAGGACAGCGGAGCCCGUCUCGGUGGGUGCGUGCUAUGGGAAGGAGGCUUCAGCAGGGACAGAAAGCAGCAAAAUGCUGGGUUUAGAAGACUGCGAGCCAGUUUCCUGCAUACUACUAUAAUUAAUUUGCGUGCGGAGAUCAAAGAUCCGAGGGCGAAAGAAAUAAUUGAUUCUGCCAGAAAACGCUUCCCUGGCGCAGCCCACGGCCAGCCGCCACCCACGGCAGGAAAAAUGGGAAGAACAAAGAACAUCUUGAAGAAGCUCUCAUCUCACACCACACAGAGUACUAUGCAACAGACUGGAAGAGAGAAAGGUGUUACUCGUUGAGCAGGAUGAGAGAGGCCGGCUGCAAAAAUGACUUUUCUUCCUGAUCCUAUCUGGGCACAAGAAAAUUAGUUAUAGAUAGUUUCACCUUAACUUCUCUGUUUCUCCCUCCUCAUGUUCCCUGCCAGGAAAUAGCAAUAGGUUUGUAUAUAUAUAUUUCAAUAUCCAAGAGAGUGACAGAUUUUUCUUGUUUAUCUCUCUCUCAGCACAGCUCGUGAAAAUAAUUUUCACAACUGUGUUGUCUCAUGUUUUAUUCCAUCACAAAAGCAAAUUCUACAAAGCUCUAGUGUGAUUAAAAUGACCAAUCUACAUUCAUUCUGAAGACCCUUCCUCUACUAUUUUUUUAGCUAAGAUUAAUUGUGAUGUCUGAUGUUACAAAUCUUGCAAGGGUGAACUUCUGUCCCAAGCAGAUUAUUUUAAGUGGAAUUUGUACAUAUUUAUAAUUACAUUUAUAAUUUAGAUACCUAGAAUGUACUAUUUGCUUGCUAAAUCAUAGGAAUGUUACUUUCAGAUCUUUUAAUUUAGAGCAUCUGUUGUUGAAGGAGCUGCAAGUUUAUUUACUCAAAACGUGCAAUUCUUAACAGGUAAUAUUAAAAACAGUACCUUGCUGUCCAGAAUAACAGUAGCAGAAAACAAAAAUCAAAUUCUAAUCUUAGCCAUAAGAUAAAGUAACUGGUGACAUGCUCUAUUGUGUGCUGAAGCUCUGUCAGCUUGUCAAGAGGAAUUAGUUCUCAGGCAAGGUAUUUAUAGCAACAUAAGACUGGAAGGCAUCGCCAGGGUCACGGAAUCAUUGUAAUAGAAGAGAAUUUGUUAAAUAACAUUCCCUCAUGAUGCUAUGAAAAUUUUCCCCUUAGCUUCUCUCAAACUCCCUGCUGGUCCAUUUUUACUGCAAAGCUGGCGUUCAGCUUUUCCUGACCACAGGAUCAAGAUUUACUGGCCAGACACUGAAGCAAUAUAAUACCUCUAGGUGCAUUGGUUCACCCUGACCUACAUCCUGGUUCUAGUGUGUAACUGUCAGAGCAAAGAAGGGUGAAUACUCAUUGUUCCUUUCUGAAAAUCAAGAAAUGUACCAGAAAGAAUAACAGUUCUUCCUGGAUAUUGUAACUAAUCAAGAAAUGCCUUGCAGUAGGAUAAACAAAGUACAACUACAGGUCAGAUACACAUACAUUGGACAUAGUUUAGGAACUGAGAGCAAGGGCUGCUCUUCUGUCCUUAUCUCUUAUAAUGAGGCUUUUAAGCUUUUGAAGCAGCUGGUGUCCAGAUAAUUUAGAGAUUUGCAGGCAGAACUGCACACAGAAGUGAGGAGGAAUCUAUUGCAAAGGCCUGAGUGACUGAGGUCUGCAGUGAUUCAUCCCCCUCACAAGGUAGACAGCUGUUUUCAGCAGGAUCUGCAGCUUUUGGGUGGACUUACUGAGACAGUAUCCUUCCUCCUGCAAAGCUACUAAAAUGAGGGGAAUUACAUAUGGAAUGAACUUGGCUCUUUAGGUGUGGGAAAAACCAUUUCCAGUACUGACAUAUGGAUAUUAGCACUUCUUUAUGCAGGGCUUACAGACAGGCUUUAGGAAUGUUUACAAGGUGGGAAGGACAAUGAAAAAACAUGUAAAAUCAUUUCAUCCUGAUUCAUCUUUGGAAGGAACUGUGCAUGUGGAUCACUCUCUUUCCAGCUGGCUGUGUCUGUCAGAACCUUUUUCCAAAAUCUCAACCUCGUAGCCCUCCUACACUGAGGAAUUUGGGCCCUGUCCAAGAGAGGUCUGGGAAGAACGUAUAUAUUUCCGCUGCACUCCCACAGGCUUCUUAUUCUUGGGGACUAAGGAUAACACUGCUGAAAAGUCCAUGUGAACCAAGAGUUGUUAUGAAAUAGGACUGAGCCAAAUCCUGCUGUCAUCCAUCCAUACAUAUGGACUGUGGGCAUUGCCCUGAGUCUCGAAUCCAGAGCCCUCAGUCCUACCCUGGCAAUCCAAGGAUGGAAACUGUACCCUACCUGCAGAAGAACUUUAGGAAGACCAAGCCAUUUGCUCUUAUUAGCCCUGGUAUCUCUAUUCAGAGUUAUAAUUCAUCUGCUGAGUCCAUUUAAAUUAAAAUAAGCUGUAUUUUUAUACCAGUGGGCUAGCUGUGUUUAAAGGCUGCAGCAUCUGAAGUGCAAGUGGAGUUACACAGCUGGCCAAACCAAUACCUUUCUGUCAUGGAUGCCACAGCAUCAACAUUCCAUCCACUGGAGGAGCCGACCACACCACAGCCCUGGUCCCUGGGUACCCCUCGUUUAACACUUAUUUGCUUUCUCCAUCCUGGGGUGUCUGCAUUCCAGAAGGCUGCUGUAGUGGAAAGGGGGUCUAACCUUAUUUUACUUUGCCUACCUUUGUAAAUGGGGGGCUUUAGCCAUGUCUGUAAAAUAAUAUAAAAUAUAAUAUAAUGUAAUAUAAUAUCAUAUAUCCAGAAAUAGAGUGUUUGAAACUCUUAACUGUUAAUAAUACAAAGGUACAGUGUCAGUCCUCAGUCAAAAGUGAGUUUAGCUUUGACAAAGAGGUGCAAACCAUUUCACUUCCUGUCACAGCAGAAUUUGGCCAGACACUCUCAACAUUUUGUCCCAAUUCGUCUCAGUGUAUGAGGCAUAUAAAACACUUGGGUAUAUGGAAACCAUUGCAAACUGCUGUUCACUUCAGCAUUUGUAUCUUUCUGUUGCUACUUGAUUUAAUGAUUUUCUGCUAAUGCAUCUUCAGAUACACGUUUGGAAGAGAUGGGUAACUGCUUGGCUUGCAUCUUGAAAGUAAAAUAUCAAGAUGAAACCAGCAUGAAAGUGCUUAAUUUAAUUAUCUGUAUGCUAAAUGUAUUUCAGAAAAGGGGUAAAAAUGUAUUUCUGAAACAGCACCAAGGAGCUGUUGAUCUGAGUGAUCAUCUGUGAGUUAGGGCUCAGAGGUUUUAUGUCUCAUUUGGC